AUGACCAAUCAGGAUACUAAGACCGAAGUCAAAGCACACACCAGAAGGCGUCCGUAAGACAGCACAACCACUAGUCCGCCAUCAACCCGAAAGUAUCAAGCAGACAGAGCUGCGCCGAGCAAACAUCAACCAACUGGCCAAUCGAUCCAACCACUGGAGCCAAUCCUUUUCCCGAAGUUACGGAUCUAGUUUGCCGACUUCCCUUACCUACAUUAUUCUAUCGACUAGAGGCUGUUCACCUUGGAGACCUAAUGCGGAUAUCGGUACGAUUGAGUGCAAAUUAA